AUGUCGAUGUCGAAGAGCUCGAAGAUGCUUCAAUACAUCAAUUAUCGGAUGAGAGUUACCGUCCAGGACGGCCGUCAAUUGGUGGGCAAGUUCAUGGCCUUCGACCGCCACAUGAACCUCGUUAUCGGAGAUUGCGAAGAGUUCCGGCAACUACCUCCGGCGAAAGGCAAAAAGAACGAGGAGGGCGAAGAAGUCAUUUCAAUGACCGUCGAAGGUCCUCCUCCUCCCGACGAGUCUCGAGCCAAAGGCGCCGGUUCCGUCCAGUCUGGGCCCGGUGUUGGUCGGGCCGCGGGCCGUGGCGUCCCCACUGGGCCGCUUGUUCAGGUCCAACCUGGGUUAGCUGGGCCGGUUCGUGGCGUUGGUGGGCCUGCCCCUGGAAUGAUGCAGCCACAGAUUUCUCGCCCGCCGAUGAGUUAUCCCCAACCGCCAGUUAUGCGGCCGCCGAACCACAUGGGGGCCCCUUAUCCUGGCCAGGCGCCACCUCAAAUGCCUAGGGGCCUGCCCCCACCGCCUCAGUUUGCUCAGCGGCCAGGUGGGCGGCCACCUGGGUCAUACCCGAUGCCGCCUCAAUUUGCACAGAGGCCGAUGGUUCCGCCCCCUCAGAUGAUGAGGGGACCGCCUCCCCGACCUGGGAUGCCGCCUUCCCCGCACCCUGGUAUGAUGCCUCCACCGGGUGGUGGUAUUGCAGUCUAUGGCCCACCUCGUCCUGGGAUGCCACCUCCACCAAAUGCCCCUCCACAAAAUCAGCCACCACAGCAGUGAUUUGGUAAGAUGUUUUGAAAUUCAAUGCGUUUAUUGAAUCUAAUUAUAAUGCACAUUUCUAUUAUCUUUGCUUGAACUUGGCUAAAUGUUGUUGUAAUGCUCUACAUAAUAAUUAAAUGUUUAGACGAUCUCGAGAAUAAGGGAAAUCAAAUCUUCUGUUUGGGUAGCUGGUAGAGAAAUCUUCCCUUAGAUUGUGUGUUUCUGUCCUGUUGGAAUGUGAGAUUUUGAGGUAGUUCUAUAAUUCAUAGGUGCAAUAAAUUAUUGAUAUUAGUGUUGUGAAUGAGGUCAAUGUUUGGUGCAGUGAUUAAAGUAUCGUGUUUUUAAACAUAUCAAGUGUUAAGUGUAUGUUCAAUUCAGUCUGUCUAGCACCCUCAAUGAAUGCAGACUAAGUUGUGUAAUGACCAAUUUAGUGUGCACAAAAUAACCUCAUGAUGCUCCUUUUACUAUUGCCAAGACAUUGAGACAUAUUCUUGAGUUGUUUUAUUUCCUUUUGAGUUCCCUUCAUCUUCUUGUGUAUUCCUUCAUAUUCCUUGUGGAGACUUAUGGAAAAAUAAGAAAGACUGUUAUAAUGUGGUAGAGGUUGAUGCAUUGGACAGCUGGUCCUACUGACUAUGUAAAUUGAUGGUUGGGGGACCACUUGCAUUUAUUCUAGAUGGAAGAUGUUUUUUUUUUAAUUUUUAUUUGAAACACUUUGAAAAAGUACCACAUUGAUACCAUAAAAAUUGAUGAUCCGGGGCAUUUUGGUUUUACCGUUGUUGCAUAGCUAACACUAGUAUUUUGAAGAGUUGUACUAGAUUACGAUUUAUUCAUAGAAUAUUUGUUUUUAAUUCCAAGUCAUAGUAUUUGUUAAGAUUUUGGAUGGUGGUGCUCCCUAUGCCUUUCCAUGUAUGUGUCUCAUUGAUCUGUUCAACAAAGUUUUGGUCUAUGUUUAUGAUUCCAUAACUAAUGUAUCCCCAUUUAGUUGAAGCUUGAACUUGAUGGGGCACCCUUUUUUUCCUGUCAUCUUCUCGGUUUGUUUUUGCCUUCUCUGACUUCUACUUGAAUUUUGUUGCUUUCUAUAAUAGUGAGUCAUAUGACGCAUCAAAAUAAAAAAAGUAAGUCAUAUGCUGGAUGUUGUUAGCUUCAAUGUAUUUGAAUUUUGAACCACUUGGGUGACCUUCUUGGGAUUUGCAUUUGGUGGGUUGUAUUUCAUUUCACAUGGAAAGUUAUCUUUCAUUAUAUGAGUGAUUUGAAAAUGAAAAUCUUGCCGUACCCAAAAAAAAAGGAAAACCAAUUUUCAAAUGUAAAAAGAAAACAAAAAGUAGAGGCCAAAUGUAAAGUUUUGGAAAUUUUGAAUUAUAUGUAACCAUAUAUUAUUUGAAUUUUUGUUUAGUUUUUUGGUCGUUAGAGAGGAUAUUGGGUCCCUUAAUCUAUGUUAUCAAUGGUGUGGUUCAAACCAAAGUGCUUGCUCCUGUGUAGUCCUGCCUUUAUAGGAGUUUAGGCACUAAAGUAGUAUAAGAUUAGAAGAAAUUGAAAAGUAGAUGAAAACUACUAGGGGUGACGAUUUUUGAUACGACACGCGAAAUCGACACGAAAUUAGCAGGUUAGGGUUGAUUGUUUUUCGACACAAACCCGUAAAUGACACGACCCGUUAACACGAAUAAUAUAAUGGGUCGAGUUAUUGUAAAACACGAAAUUGACACAAACUAGUAUUAUAGCAAUAAAAUGUUAAUAUUUAUUAUA